AUAUAUAUAUAUAUUAAUUCUGUCUGCUAAGACGAAGAUUACUAUACAAACAUGAAGAAGAGAAAACAUGAGACGUUGUUUCUUGGAAUUUUCCAAAUCAUUCUCCAUACUCUGCUUUUCAGAAGAAGAAGACGCCGCAUUCACCGCCUCCUUCCUCUUCUCUCUGCUUUAUCCGCCGCUAUUCUUUUCUUUAUUCUGUUUUUCUCUCCUCCCAUCAUCACUUCCCACCACCAUAACCUUAUCAAUCCCAUCUCGUUCAAUAAUGGGACGGGGUUUCGGAUGAACCUGCAAGAAGAACACGUCUUUCGCGUUCCGAUGGGUGGAGGAAGUUUAAGUGGAGACGUAUGGAUUUCGAAGCAAUCGAAAUUCUACCAUGGCUGCAGUGAUUCCAGCAAUAAUUUUCCAACUGCAGAGGUUAAUACGCAGCCCAAUAGGUACUUGAUGAUUGCAACUAGUGGAGGCUUGAAUCAACAGAGAACAGGGAUUGUAGAUGCAGUUGUUGCAGCUCAUAUCUUGAAUGCCAUACUAGUAGUUCCAAAACUCGACCAGAAAUCCUACUGGAAAGAUUCAAGUAACUUCUCUGAGAUUUUUGAUGUCGACUGGUUUAUCUCACAAAUCUCGAAAGAUGUAAAAAUUAUUAGGGAUCUUCCAAGAAUCGGAGAUAAAAUCAUAACUCCAUAUACAACGCGUGUUCCAAGGAAGUGCAAUGCCAAGUGUUAUCAAACUCGCAUCCUGCCUAUUUUAAAGAAAAAGCACGCUGUUCAGCUAACAAAAUUUGACUAUAGGCUUUCCAAUCGGUUGAAUACAGAUAUGCAGAAGCUGAGAUGCAGAGUCAAUUAUCAGGCAUUGAAGUUUACUGAUCCCAUAAUUGAAAUGGGCAGAAAAUUGGUUGAAAGGAUAAGAAUGAAAAGCAAGCUCUUUGUUGCCUUGCACCUGAGGUUUGAACCAGAUAUGCUUGCAUUCUCUGGAUGCUAUUACGGUGGAGGAGACAAGGAAAGGAAAGAACUAGGUAAAAUCCGAAAGAGGUGGAAGACGUUACAUGCAAGAAACCCGGAUAAGGAACGAAGGAAUGGAAAAUGCCCUCUCACUCCUGAGGAAAUUGGCCUCAUGCUUAGAGCACUUGGUUUCGGUAAUGAUGUUCAUAUUUAUGUGGCAUCUGGAGAAAUUUAUGGUGGAGAGGAGACAUUGGCUCCUCUCAAGGCUCUAUUUCCAAAUUUUCAUUCCAAAGAAACAAUUGCCAGCAAGGAGGAGUUAGCACCAUUCUCUUCCUUCUCUUCUCGGAUGGCUGCGUUAGAUUUCAUUGUUUGUGAUGAGAGCGAUGUUUUUGUAUCCAAUAACAAUGGUAAUAUGGCAAGAAUGCUCGCUGGAAGAAGGAGAUAUUUUGAUCACAAGCCGACUAUCCGCCCAAAUGCGAAGAAGCUUAAUAAGUUGCUCCUUCAUCGAAAUAACAUGACAUGGGAAGAGUUUGCCUCACAAAUUCGAACGUCUCAAAUAGGUUUCAUGGGCGAGCCAAUGGAGGUAAAGCCAGGCAGGGGAGAGUUUCAUGAAAACCCAACAGCAUGCAUUUGUGCAGAUUCUGAAAUGGAUACCGGUUCUUCUAUUAAUAGUGCUAGGAGAGAUAUGGGUGAAGUAAGUGAUGGUGAGAUAGGUGAAGAAGAGCAAGAAUGGUCUGAUACAGAAUAUACGGAGAAUGUAGUUGAAAUUCAAUGAAGAGGGCUUCCGAAAGACAUGAUGCAGAUUCUGGCAGACCUUUUAAAACAGAAGAGCGAGAAAUAGAAGAUGAUUUUCUUGGAUUAAAGAAAAGUUGCAGAUAGGGCAAGUCCUCAUUUUGAGGACUAGCUUCCAUUCAUUGAUAACAAAAAAGGGCCCGACCACAAGGGUCUAUUGAUAACAAUGAAGCAAAAAAAAGUUGUACAUAAAGCCAAACGUUCUCCAGUUUUGAAUAGUGAAUGGUGCAGAGUUUAGGCAAAGAGAAUCAACUGCAUCAUUGAAAUUGUAUGCAUUUAAAUACAGAGAGAGCAGGAUAAGUUGGUAAAAGAAAAAAUAUUUUUAUGCUCUUGGAAUAUUGAUUACUUUUUCAUGUCUCUAGUUUUUCCGUUUUAUUUCUUUUGACUGUAUCAGUUAUUGGUAGUUUAAGAGUCUUAAAU